AUGUCGGAAUCUAUUUCGGGGACCAUUUUGCCCUUCUAUUUCCGCCUUAACCACCAUGUUAACUGUUACAACAGAUUCUUCGUGCUCUUUUGUCCCAACCACGUUCCACCAUCCUUGAAACCGCUAAAAACUGCUAGGGCCACGUCAGAGUACCUGCUCAGCACGUCUGCCUGCACCUGCCAAGUCUGGUGCAAGGCCUGUGCACAUGCUACGCUGCAUGCAUCUGCUGGACAUGCGCUGCUCACCUGCUGGACAUGCGCUGCUCGACAGGUGCUGCGCUCAUUUGCUUGCCAUGCACUGCCGAGAGAAUCCGAUGGCCUUGCUACCAGAUUCGAUAUUUUCCUCCAACCUUAUCUUGCUUUCAACGUGCACCACCACUGCACAUUUCGCUUGUCUUGGCAUGGCAUGGUGCAAAACACCAAAACCAUGUCAUGGCCUAUGCUGCUUGUUAAGGAUCUUACACUAAGAUAG